UUCUUUUUUAGGAUACUGUUAACGAAAAAAAUGGUUUCAUGGUAUUAUAAUCGUAAAAUUACUCACAAUCGAGAAAAAUUGUCUACAAUUGUAGGGGAGAAAAAGAAAAUAUUGAAUGAAGUUACUGAAACAGAAACGUAUAAGAAAGCUAAAGAGAUAUUAUUAAAAUUUGCACCCGAUGAAUUAAACAUGUCACCUUUAUCUCCAAAGCUCGCUCCAAAGUUGUCUGUACCAUCUGACACACCUCGGCAUCCUGUCCCACAAAUUGCAGUUACUCCUUUACCAGUUUCUGCUGAUCUAAGAAGAAGAAUUUUAUCCACGCAAAAUCAACCGCAAAAUCAACUGCAAAGUGCACAGAUCGGUGCGCCUGGUAUUGCAUCACCAAGCGGUGGGCUAUCUAAACAACCUUCAAAUACUCCUUACCAGAUUAAUGCUAGAAUAAGUCCUGUUACACCUAUAGGCUAUCGAUCACCUUUACCACGACCUGUGUUGCCACAACAGAGAACUAUGAUUGAUCGGUUGGUCGAUUACUUGGUAGGUGAUGGCCCUGCAAAUCGCUAUGCACUGGUAUGCCGACAAUGCGAUUCACACAACGGAAUGGCUCUAAAAGAAGAAUUUGAAUAUUUUGGAUACCGAUGUUGUUAUUGUGGUUUUUUGAAUCCUGCAAGGAAACAGAAACCAUCUGCCCCGAAAUUGGAUACCGAUAAUAGUAGCUUUAUUACAACUCCGAACACGCCUGAACUACCCUGCAACACAGAAGAAGAACCAGUAAAAAAUAAUGAAUCGGAAGCAUGCACACAAUCGGAUACAGAUUCAGAUAUAGAAGUAGUCGAAAGGCCAGGCGAAACACCUGAAGUCGCAGAAUCAGAAUUUAAACAAUUAUUAGAUGAAAAUGAAUCGGAGAAGACAGAAACGUGACGUACCACACUCACAUAAAUUGUAUAUUUGAAUAAAUAACCUGAAAAUGAA